AUCAGUCUCAUUCGCCCUGUGUGUUUAUACUGGUGGGAAAUGACGUAGAUUUGUUCUGAUGUUUCGUCAUGCGUGUGCGCGCGUUCGCAGAGACGCGCUGCGCGCCCUCGUGAGUGCGCGCGAUGGAUCAGAUGAGCGCUGCGGGCGUCGCUUAUAAUCAGGAUCUAACGCACAAGACUAUCCUGGUUGGAGACAGCGGUGUGGGUAAAACAUCUCUGCUGGUUCAGUUUGAUCAGGGCAAAUUCAUCCCGGGAUCUUUUUCUGCAACCGUGGGAAUCGGAUUUACGAAUAAAGUUCUCACAGUGGACGAGCUGAAGGUGAAAUUACAGAUCUGGGAUACAGCAGGACAGGAGAGAUUCCGCAGCGUCACACAUGCGUAUUACAGAGACGCUCAGGCUCUUCUCUUGCUUUAUGACAUCACCAGCCGAUCAUCGUUUGAUAACACACGGGCAUGGCUAACUGAGAUCCAUGAGUAUGCUCAGGACGAUGUCAUCAUCAUGUUGCUUGGCAACAAGUCAGACAUGUCCAGUUCGAGGGUGAUCAGACGUGAGGACGGAGAGAAGCUCGCCAGAGAGUAUGGGGUCAUUUUCCUGGAGACCAGCGCCAAGACCGGACUGAACGUGGAUCAUGCCUUUAUAACUGUGGGAAAGGAGCUGGUGAGACGUUCAGUGCAGCUGCCUGCUGAGCCCAGGUUUCACCUGCAUGAUGUGAUGGAGCCCGAGAAAGAGACUUCAGGCUGCUGUGGCUUCAACUAGAACAGACAUGCAAAGAGACAGACAUGAAAAACAAAAGAGACACAAAUUGAAGGAGAGAGGAGGUCAGAGGAGUUUGCAGUUAAAGGUUACACGAAUCUUACACUUACUGCACCACCAUGAAGAGGUGCAGCAAUUCUUAUCCCAACCACCAGAUGGCGCUGUAUGCUGCAGUGCACAGUAAUGUUUACCACUGGAUCUGAUCUAAAGUAGGCCUUGGAGCCUUGCACAACUACAGUUUUUUACUAGCCAACUAGUCAGUGUAAAUGACAUGCCAUGCAGCAUCAAUGGUUUGAGCGCCAGAUGUGUCCCAUGCUGCUGAAAUGAUGCGGGUAAGAAAUAAAAGCUCACAAAUCUCCAGUAAUGCUCAUUGUAUUACAAUGGACAGUGCAAAAACAGUCAUUCCCCACUCACUUAUAGUUUCUGCCUCUGCGCAACACUUGGUUUGUUAGUUUCAGGGGUCUCAGAGCGGUUCAUAUGAUUUUAGGCUUGUACGUGAACUCGCACCAGUUUGGAUGUCUACUGUCCAGAUUCACUUUUUCUACAUUCUCGUAAAUGCAAAUAUAUUUGGAAACUACUGGCUCAGCUAGUGUUAAGAUAAUCUAAAGAUGCAGGAGCAUGCAUUUAAUUGAUGUUUAUACAGCCACUUUUACUCUUGAGUUGAGACUGAACAUUAUGCUGCAGGUGUGUGUCUGUUCCUGAAUUGUGUUAUGCUGCAUUUGAAUCUCAGGAUUUACACUGGGGAUAUUUAUGCACUAAUAGAAGUUCUACGCUAUUGCAAAUAUAUGAGAAUAUAUAAAGAGAUAUCAUUUUUCUGUUUAGCCAUGGAAAGAUCAAAUUAUUCAGAAUUAUUCCGAAAUUAUUGAGAAUAUUUACUUUCAAAUUUAGUACUAUUACUACAAAUAUUCCAUUCAUAUUUAAAGAAAUGAAUAUUUAGAAAGUAUGUAUUUAUGUCUGUUUGUAAUGUGUCCCUGCCUGAUCGUUCAUAUCAAAAAGUAUUUUGUAUUGCAGCUGUUUUCCUGAAAUCGAAAAACUUUGCACAAUUUUGUGUCAUAUGUCCUCAGGUCUUUUCCCGUGUUUUGACUGUACGAUGCUUUGCAAUUUUUUAACUAUAAAUUAUCAGCUGUGUAAGUCUUAAAGUGAUUCUUCACAUCAGUGUUUUGGUUUCUGGUCAUACAGCACCCGUACAUAGAUGAUUUUCUAAAGAACUAGUGAAUAAAAAGCUCUUUGUGUAACUUAGAAAUGGUUUUCAUGUGACAUUCGGCUGUAAAACUUUUAGUACAUCUUGAGUGUCAAAACUUGAAAGUCAAACUUAUUUUCUCAUAUAAAUUCGUUUACACACUACCAGACAUCUGAAUGGCAAAUCAAUCCAGCAAGAUGUCAUUUAAAUGAAUUUAAUAGGUGGAACAAGUCACAGUGGUAUUUUGGAUGUGCAGAUUUUCCUUUCAUCACUUCGUGGCGCUAAAAUGAUAAUUAAGAGCUCGUUCAUUAUAAUCAUAUUUGUUUUG